GGAAGGCCGUCACACAUGUCUGACGUCACCAGCCCGCGCCAGCAAAGGUGAAGACGCCGAGAACCACAGAGGAAGGCGUUUCUCGCGAACCUCAGCUCUCGUGCACCAUGGCGACCCCCGUCCAGCAGCCUCCUCAGUCUGGCAGCGGGAAGCGCAAAGGCAAGGCUCAUUACGUGCCGGCCAAGCGGGCUCGGCGCUGCGAUGGCGGCGGGCCGCGGCAGCUGGAACCCGGGCUACAGGGCAUUCUCAUUACCUGCAACAUGAACGAGCGCAGAUGCGUGGAGGAGGCCUACAGUCUGCUCAACGAAUACGGAGAAGACAUGUAUGGACCGGAAAAGUUUACAGAUAAGGAUCAACAGCCCUCUGGAAGUGAGGGAGAAGAUGAUGUGGAGGCUGCUUUGAAGAAAGAAGUUGGUGACAUUAAGGCAUCUACAGAGAUGAGGCUAAGAAGAUUCCAGUCAGUGGAGAGUGGAGCAAAUAAUGUAGUCUUCAUCAGGACACUUGGGAUAGAACCUGAGAAGUUGGUACAUCAUAUUCUCCAGGAUAUGUACAAAACCAAGAAGAAGAAGACUCGGGUUAUUCUACGAAUGUUACCCAUCUCAGGCACAUGCAAGGCUUUCUUAGAAGAUAUGAAGAAAUAUGCAGAAACAUUUUUGGAACCCUGGUUUAAAGCUCCAAACAAAGGGACAUUUCAGAUAGUUUACAAAUCUCGGAAUAACAGUCACUUGAAUAGAGAGGAAGUUAUCAAAGAAUUGGCAGGAAUAGUAGGCAGCCUAAAUACAGAAAACAAAGUGGAUCUUACCAAUCCACAGUACACAGUGGUAGUAGAAAUCAUUAAAGCUGUCUGUUGCCUGAGUGUUGUGAAAGAUUAUAUGUUGUUCAGAAAAUAUAAUCUCCAAGAGGUGGUGAAGAGUGCUAAGGACCCAUCACAGCUUAACUCAAAGCAGACAGCACAAGCAGGAAAUGGAGCUAAAUUGGAAUCUGGUGACAAAUCACAUCAAAAUGACUCUGCAGAAGGAACAAAUAACCCACAGGUAGUACCAGAGAAUAGGGAGGAGCCAGAGCAGACAAAACCAAUAUCUGAGACUGAGGUGGUGAAUGAGGGCGGAGCUAAGCCUGAACUUGGAAGUCAAGUCACAGAAGGAUCUGAGUCAAGUGAAAAUGGCCUCUCGUGAAAAAGCAUCAUUAGGUAUUGGAGGUGGGUUUCUCAACUGGGGUUCUGUGAGAUGUUCCUGGGGUUCCAUAUAAGAUUGUGACUGAAAAUAUCAUUUUUGAGCUGUGUGUGCUGCAUAAUGCUGUGCUCACAGUAGUGAACAGUGAUUGAGCAGCCCUGUUAACAGUUUUGUUAGAGAUCUUUUCUGCCCGGUGUGACUGCGUGCAGUCAGCCCACAUGCAUUUCGGUGAGCUAGGAGAAGCUGUGGAUAAUAGGUGAACACUUGCAUGGAGGGGAGAGUGGUAGGAGGAUGACAAUGGCUUGUCCCUCAUGAUUGUCUUCUCCCGCCUCCCCUUCUGCACUGCCAACUGACUUAAUGGGCGUGAACAAGCUUUGUGAAAGAUAAACCCAGAGGGAAAUUUUCAUUCUAAGGAAAGAAUUUUUGUGUGCUGUAACUCAGCUGUCCUCUGCCACUUUGUUGUAAACUUGCAAAAACAUUGGUCAUAUAGGUUAAAGUGAAUUGUUUUGUGAGGUUUUUGUACGUUUUGCGAUUUUCUUGUUUAGUUGUUAUGCCUAUUUUUAUAUUUUGUCAACAUUUGUUUGCUACAAACAGAUCUGACAGUCCACUGCUGCAGUUUUUGAAGGCAAAGUGUGGUAUAGAAGAGAACCAUUCUAGGUAUAGAACCACAGAUAUUUCUGAUAAGGUUAAUGAUGAAGAAUUACAGUAUUCUGAGUUACUAUGGUAUAGUAGUGCUACAAAGGACACAAAGAAAUUCUUUGUUUACAAUGAAAGCUACUUCCCUAUGGUUAUAUAGACUCGUAAUCCAGGCUGUCCUAUUCCAUUGCACAUCAUCUGUGGAAUGCAACGUACAAAUCUAGCAUUUGCUCCAGCAGUUGUAACAUAGUUGUAAUCAUAGCCAUUUGAUAAGUAAAGGUGUUGAUUCUUUUAAAUGGCUUUAGAAUAUCAAAACAGUAAAGCUUUUGUUCAAAAAAUCAUAUCCAGUGAAAAGGUUUAGGAAGCAAAUUAUUUAGUAGCAGAACUUAUUCCAGAAAAGAAAAAUCACCUAGUUGGUAAGAAUCUAAUAAUACUAACAUUAAAAUGCUGGGGCAAGAAACAGUACAAGAAAUUGAAGAGACUUUAUUCUCAGUUUAAUAAAUUGGCUUACGUCACAUGAUGCUGGAGAGGUUUUGUGUAGUUAACUGAAAAGCAGCAGCUUCUUUAUCUGGGUUGAUGAGUCAACAGGUUUCACAAAUAUUUAUCAUGCUGUAGCAUUUGUAAAAUUUGUAAAUGGUGCUGAAAGUUAGGAAAACUUUUUCUGCUGCUAGGACUGUCCCCGAAAUAAAGGCCAAUAUAAAUUUAAUGAGUCUCCAUAUUUGAAAACCAAAGAUUUGUCAUCUAUACUCCUGGUGACCCAUUAGUGCUUCAUUCCAUGACAAGUUUUGCCUCAUUUUAAUAAAAGGAAAUCCUACUGUUGACGUUACAGCAUGCUGCUUUCUUCACAGAGAGAUGCUAAUAUAAAAAACUUGGAGACGAAAUGAAGAAAGUUCUGAAUAAUGCUACAAAAAUGGUUAACUUUAUUAAAGACCCAUUUAUGUAAGAAUGUUCUAAAAAAACCAAAAACUAAAACCUGCAUGAAGAGCCCCUGACUCUCCUCCAUACAGAAAUCCAGUAGUUUACCAGAGGAAGUGUUCUCAACAGGAUAUAUCCCAGAGUCCUUACAAGAAAGCACUAGGCCACACUUUGCUGAAUGCUUUGCAGAUGAAGAAUGGCUACAGAAACUAGUCUAUUUAGCAGAUAUAUUUCAUUGUAUGGACAAGAUUCUGCAAGGUCAUGGAGAAAAUGUUUUUUCUUAAAAGUGACAAAAUUCUUAGAUGAAAAAGAAGCUGAGUCUUUGGAACAAUCACGUUGCCAGAGGAACUCUUGAAAUGUUUCCACAGCCACUUGGGCUUGAGAUGAAGAAUGAUAGCAACAAGCCUCAAGCCUUAGUAAAACUUGAAGAGCUGCAAAACCAAAUUAAAUAGCAUUUCCCCUCCUUUUCCCAACACUGGUGUGUGACUGUGUAAGAACCCUUUCUCUAAAUCUUCUCAGCGUGAGAUUUUGUCUUUGAGAGAAGAGAAGGAACUCUGAGUCCUAGUCUGACAGUUCUGGAUUUCUGUGAAACAAGAAUAUCCUUCAGGAGGCUGGCCCUGGUGGCCAAGUGGUUAAAGUUCUGUGCACUCUGCUUCAGCUGCAUGGGUUUGUAGGUUCGGAUCCCAGGUGUGGACCUGUACCGCUUGUCAAGCCAUGCUGUGGUGGCAACCCACAUAGAAAAAAAUAGAGGGAGAUUGGCAGAGAUGUUAGCUCAAAGCUAUCUCCUCAACCAAAAAUGAGGAAGAUGGGCAGCAGAUCUUAGCUCAGCGCAAAAAUUCCGCACCAAAAAGAAAAAAUAGAGUAUCCUUCAACUUAGUGCUCACAGUCACAUGCCAUGAGGGUUCCCUUAAUUUGAACGUUUUUCAUGGGUUCCUUCAGGGUAAAACUACUGAAAAAAGCUAGAAGAGACAGACACCCAAGAGGGCUGCAAAAUAAGAUGUCCAGAUUGAGAAUCUUCAGGGGCUGUGAAGUUAGCUUUUGGGGAUGGGUUUAUUCUUAAAUUUUAAGAAGUUCAGAGGUAUUAUAAAUGUUAAGUCUUCCUGCAUCAGUGACUAUAUUUAUAUAAUGGCUAGUGAACAUGGGCCUAUAUUUUUAUCCUAGCUCUUGUUCUGGCUUGGCAAACCAGACUAGAAGGAUUUGGGAAGGGCAAAGAGAGUAAACGGCCUUGCUAAUGCAGUUAAAGCUGGAAGUUUUUUAUCUAUCUUAGAUAUUUAGAAAGUUAACUCUUGGGGCCGGCCCUGUGCUCUGCUUCGGUAGCCCAGGGUUUCACUGGUUCGGAUUCUGGGUGCGGACAUGGCACCGCUCAUCAGGCCAUGCUGAGGCAGCAUCCCACAUGCCACAGCUAGAAGGACCCACAAUUAAAAUAUGCAACUAUGUACUGGAAGGAUUUGGGGAGAAAAAGCAGAAGAAAAAAAAAGAUUGGCAACAGUUGUCAGCUCAGGUGCCAAUCUUUAAGGGAAAAAGUUAACUCUUAAUAGGUUGAAGUCAUCUUGAAAGGGUGAUAAGAGCGUUGUAAGUGUCAUAUGAAGGAUCGGAUUUUGGUGCCUUCAGACUUGCUCCAAGACGAAGAUACUUUUAUUUUGAUAGUGUGAGACUUAGGGAAUAAGAUUGGCCAUCUGCUUACAGAGCAUAGAGCUCUGUGAAACUGGGCUCCUUUUACUUUAUGACAGCAGCUACUCUGCAGAAAGAUUUUGACUUACUAAUUUGUUUUUAAUCCCCUUUUGUAUUUAUUAAUGUUUGGUAAGAUCUGAGUGUGACAAAAGCUGUUCUUCCCCAGCUCUCAGCAGGGCUGUGUUCUGUUGGAAUGCUUGCUUGAUUGAAAGGUUUGUUUUCAGAUUUACCAAGUGUUUAUUUUCACUGACAGUUGACCGUGUUAUAAAUGAGGGGAUGGGGAUCGAGUGCUUUUUUUGUUCUUUUAAUUUUUAUUUUAAAAAAUUGUCAGUUAAAAAAGUGCGGCUUCCGUGUAGUGGUUUAGUAGAGUUGUUCUGCUCUCCGGAGGGAGGAGAGGGAAAGUUGGUAUUUUAAAACAUGUUUCUCUGAGGUUAAACGUGAUUUCUCAAGGUUAUUUUAACUUGUAUUUUGCUUUUGGUGUGGCCAGAUAUUCAGCUUGUUUUUCAUACUUCCUGAUAUUUUCAGAAAAAUCAAAAUAAAUUUGUUCUCUAAA